AUGUACGUCUUUGGUGGACUUCCGCUCUUCUACCUCGAACUGGCACUGGGUCAGUUCCAACGCAACGGUUGCAUCACAGUCUGGCGAAGAAUAUGUCCCAUGUUUGGAGGUGAGUUGCUGUCUGGGGGGAGCAUUGAAAGACGUUACUUUCUGAAUUAUGCCCAUUUUUCAGCCAACCAGAAACUGAAAGAUUCUUUUAGCCUUCAUUUGGUUGGAAAAGCAUCACCAAAAACACACAUCACUAAGGCCGAAAAGCAUCAUUGUCAAAAAUAUAUACCAACAUAA